CAUUGCCUCUUUGCAAUCAUCAGGAUUUCGUAAUUUUAUACAGAACCUGCACCAUUUAGGCACUACAGGAGAUACUGAUAUUGUACAAUUACUCGGCAAUCCACCCGUCCUGAUAAUCCGGAACGGUAAAGGACAUCAGCCUUCUCUCUCGUACAACAUUGAUCUUGCCUAGUGGAAGUCGCUUGUGCCGGAUCCAUGACACAUACCAUAACGGAUUCAAGCGAAACGAACAUCCACUGACGCUGAAAAAACUAUAAAGACUGACAAUCUUGUAGGACUUAUAGGUUCCUCAUCUCGACAUUCACAACAUGAAUCCGACGACUCCUAUUAUGUUUGCCACUGUCACCCACACGACCACUCCUGAAUCCGAGCCCUCACAAUUCAUUUUACCCGACCUCAUCAAUGAUUGCCACUAUCCCUUCCAACAGAACCCUCACUGUGAUGCAGCGUGCCGCGCAUCUGUCCGAUGGCUUAUGGACGUGGCGCAAAUUGUAGGGCCCGAGAUCAGAGAGUAUAUUGACGUGGACGCAAACGGACUUGCUGUUGCUUGCUAUCCUGAUGCAGAUGCUUUCCAUCUCCAAGUCUGCUCUGACUUCUUGAACUGGUUGUUCAUUACAGACGACUUGAUGGAGUCCGGCGUUGUCGAUGUACAGGAAGUACAUGAAUCCUGUGUUUCUGCAUUCCGCGAUCCCAUCAAUUUUGACACAGAACGGCUUGAUGCAAAGAUGUGCAAAUCGUAUUUCAGUCGCUUUAAGGAGACUGCAGGUCCCGGCUGCACAGAGCGGUUUAUCUACACAAGCGAGUUGUACUUCGCUGCUGUGGCCAAGCAGGUGGAUGACCGUGCCAAAGGGCACGUGUAUGAUCUAGAAUCUUGCAUCGCCUUGAGGCGAGAUACAGGCGGAUUGAAGCCCUGCUUUAACCUCAUCGAAUUCGUAGCUCGAAUUGAUCUUCCCGACGAAGUUGUGUCGCAUCCAGUUGUGAAGGCCUUGGAGGAAGCGACCAACGAUCAUGUUUGUUGGCACAACGAUAUGUUGUCAUACAACAAGGAGCAAUCUUGCGGUCACGCACCCUGGGAGAACAUAGUUCCCGCGAUCAUGCACGAACGAGGACUGGACCUGCAAGGCGCCAUGGACUACGCUGGUCAGAUGUGCAAAGAUGCCAUCCAGCGCUUCGACUCCAACCGUGCUAUCCUCCCCUCGUGGGGCGAAGAGGUUGACAGGCAGGUGGCUGUCUAUAUCAAAGGAUUGCAGCACUGGAUGAUCGGCUCACUUCGCUGGCAUUUUGAUUGCGCUCGCUAUGCUGUCCCGCCGGACCGAAUCAUCAAGCUCCUUCCCAAAAGACCCUACAAGUGUGGAGCUUAACACCUAGUGCAUGGCUUCUGGAGAAUGUUAGUACAUGAUUCACGUCUCACGCAGACCUGAAAGUUUUGAGUUGCAUAAUUAUGUGACAUUCCGCCUUCCUUGCUUUGUCCUUCGUAGUGUCAAGUUCUCAUUC